AUGGCUAUCUCACAUAAGGAUUUGGCUCUUGCCAUUAUCCAAUUUUUGGAAACAAGCGUCUCUAGCAAAGUCGUUCUGGAAGAGUAUGCUGAAUCUAUGGAUGUCGCAAUCGACUGCAUUGCCGACGCUUUCGAAGUCGACAAGGCAGAAGCGUCCAGCAUUGCCUCCAAGUUCGGUGGCUUGUCUUUGCUUGACACUGUCAACAAAUCUGGUGCUUCCAGUACUGAUGUGAAGGAGGAAGUUGUCGAAGUUGACGCCGAUACCAAGGCGAAGGCAGAUGCCGCUAAAGCUGAGGGUAACAAAGCCAUGGCCGCCAAAGACUUUGACACUGCCAUUCCCAAAUACACCGAGGCUAUUGCUUUGGACCCAACCAACGUGGUAUACUUGUCCAACAGAGCCGCCGCUUACUCUUCUGUGUCUCAGCACGAGAAUGCCGUCAAGGACGCUGAAGCUGCCAUCAAGAUGAAGCCUGACUUCUCUAAAGCUUACUCGAGACUUGGGUUGGCCCAAUACGCUUUGGGAAAUGCUAAGGCUGCUAUGGAGGCAUACAAGAAGGGUUUGGACGUUGAAGGCAGCACUCCAAGUGAUGCCAUGAAGAGAGGAUACGAGACAGCGAAGAAAAGAGUCGAGGCUGAAUUGGAGAGCUCCAUCGCCACCAACGAGCCUGAGUCGACUGAGAGAGGCACCGAUGCAAGUUCUGGCUCUGGCUCUGGCUCUGGUGCUGGCUCUGGUGCUGGUGCCGGUGGCAUGCCAGACUUUUCGUCGAUGUUUGGCGGCGGAGGUGGUGGCAUGCCCAACUUUGCUGAGAUGAUGAACAACCCACAGGUGAUGGAAGCGGCACGUAAUUUGAUGUCGAAUCCCAACGCUCUUGAAGGUUUGAUGAGCAACCCUGCCGUGCGCCAGAUGGCCCAGAACAUGGGUCUCGGGGGCGAGAAUGGCGGAGGACUCGAGAACCUCAUGAACAACCCUAUGUUGCAAAACAUGGCCCGUAACUUCAUGGGUGGCCAGGGCGGUUCCGGUGGCUCCCAGGGAAACAGCGGUGGCAGCCAGUGA